UGGGCAUGCUGGCUCGUCGGCUUCCCCCUCCUCCCGCCGCACGCGUCCACUUGUCCCUAUCCAUCCACCCCGUCGCCUCUCAGUUCUCACUCUUCGCCACCUAAAAACCCUAAACCCCAUUCCAAACCUCGCCGCCGCCGCGAUGCAAUCACUGGCGCUCACCUCCCCCUCCCUCCCGGCUGCCGGCCCCACCCCCGGCAGCCGGCGCCUCCAGCGCGUCCGCGCCACCGCGGUCUCCGACGAGGCCAAGCUCAACAAGUACAGCGCGCGCAUCACCGAGCCCAAGUCGCAGGGCGCCUCACAGGCCGUGCUCUAUGGCGUCGGCCUCACCGACGCCGACCUCCGCAAGCCGCAGGUCGGCGUCUCCUCCGUCUGGUACGAGGGGAACACCUGCAACAUGCACCUGCUCCGCCUCGCCGAGGCCGUGCGCGACGGCGUCCGCGAGGCCGGCAUGGUGGGGUUCCGAUUCAAUACUGUCGGGGUCAGCGACGCCAUCUCCAUGGGAACCCGGGGCAUGUGCUACAGCCUCCAGUCCCGCGACCUCAUUGCUGACAGCAUCGAGACCGUCAUGGGCGCGCAGCACUACGACGCCAACAUCUCCAUCCCUGGAUGCGACAAAAAUAUGCCAGGUACAAUAAUGGCAAUGGGACGGCUUAAUCGACCUAGUAUCAUGGUAUAUGGUGGAACAAUUAAGCCUGGUCACUUUCAGGGCAAUUCUUAUGACAUAGUAUCUGCUUUCCAGUGCUAUGGAGAAUUUGUGAGUGGUUCAAUCAGCGACGAGCAAAGAAAGAACGUGCUCCGCAAUUCAUGCCCAGGGGCAGGUGCAUGUGGUGGUAUGUACACAGCAAACACGAUGGCAUCUGCUAUUGAGACCCUGGGCAUGAGCCUUCCAUACAGUUCUUCAACCCCUGCUGAAGACCCACUAAAGCUAGAGGAAUGCCGUCUUGCUGGGAAGUAUCUUUUAGAAUUGCUAAAGAUUGACUUAAAGCCUAGAGACAUUAUCACUGAGAAGUCACUACGGAAUGCAAUGGUCAUUGUCAUGGCACUUGGUGGGUCAACUAAUGCUGUAUUGCAUUUGAUAGCAAUUGCUCGGUCUGUAGGUUUGCACUUGACUCUUGAUGAUUUUCAGAAGGUCAGCGAUCAGGUUCCCUUCCUUGCGGACCUUAAGCCUAGUGGCAAAUAUGUCAUGGAGGAUUUGCAUAAGAUUGGUGGGACUCCUGCGGUAAUUCAUUAUCUUCUGGAGCAAGGUCUUCUUGAUGGAGAUUGCAUGACUGUCACUGGGAAAACUCUAGCUGAAAAUGCUAAAAUCUUCCCUCCUUUGUCUGAAGGGCAGCAAAUAAUACGACCACUUGACAAUCCUAUUAAAUCAACUGGCCAUAUACAAAUACUUUAUGGCAAUCUUGCACCGGAAGGCUCUGUAGCAAAAAUCACUGGCAAAGAAGGACUGUUUUUCUCAGGCCCUGCAUUAGUUUUUGAGGGUGAAGAAUCCAUGAUUACUGCUAUCUCAGAAAAUCCAGCGAACUUCAAGGGAAAAGUAGUAGUGAUCCGAGGAGAGGGACCAAAAGGCGGGCCAGGGAUGCCUGAAAUGUUGACUCCAACAAGUGCAAUAAUGGGUGCUGGUCUUGGAAAGGAGUGCGCCCUGCUGACCGAUGGUAGAUUUUCUGGAGGGUCACAUGGGUUUGUUGUUGGACACAUAUGUCCUGAAGCACAGGAAGGUGGCCCAAUUGGUCUUGUCCAGAAUGGUGAUAAAAUCACCAUUGAUGUUGUUAAGAGGGUAAUCGAUGUUGAUCUGACGGAAGAGCGGCUGGAAGAAAGAAGGCAGAAAUGGAGCCCGCCAUCAUACAAGGUCAACCGCGGAGCACUUUGGAAGUACAUAAAGCUCGUGGCUCCAGCGUCAAGAGGGUGUGUCACCGAUGAGUAGGCGUUUUCAUCAUGUGUUGGCAAGCAAAAACUGAUUUGUUAGGAGCAAUUUCUUGUGAGAGUGAUUCAUGGUAGUGCGGCUUGAGCAUAAUGGCUAAGAAUAAAGUGUCAGUUUCUGAAGAGCUUAGCAAUGCUGAGGAAACUGCUCAAUAAACGAGUGUUGUUGGUCUGUUGGAGCUAGCGGGCAAUUUUUCAGAUCCUUUUCAGUUUUCUCCUCUGUGCUGCUUUGCACAGAGAGACAAAAUCAUGUGGAUUGUUCUUUGGUCAGCUACUGGAGACAUCUUGAGCAUCUGGUGUACUGAAAUCGUGGCUGAUGCUCAAAAACUCUCUUGUACUUGUCGUCGGAAACAGCUACUGUUUGCUUGUAUAACUGGAAUAAAUGUACAAGUAUAGAUGGUUUACUAAUGCUGCAAAUAAUCUUGUAAGAAGAAUCAGUAUUUCAAAUG